AUGUCUGCAGUACAAGGGCUGCUGCUGCUACCUCUGGCCCUUCUGGCGCUUCAAGCAUCUCUGUGCCGUGGAGCCUGCGUGGAGGUGGACUCAGACACAGAGGCUGUGGCCAAUGAAGGCUUCAAACUGGGCUGCAUCUCCUGUAAGAUGAGGGGCGAGGUGCCCGCCAUGGCCUCUGUUGACUGGUACUUCAAGGCUUUGGAUGAAUCCAACUUCUCCCAUAUAUACACGUAUGAUAAUGGAAGCAAUACCACUGACCCACGUUUCAUCGGCCGUCUGCGCUGGAACGGCAGCAAGCAGACCAGGGACCUGCAGGACGGCUCCAUCUACAUCCUCAAUGUGACCUACAACGACACGGGAACCUACCAGUGCAUAUUCAACCGGAUCCUCAUGUACCCCAACUACCAGUUUCAAACCAACGCUCGCAAGAAUAUCACCAUUAACGUGGUGCCACGACUCACCAGGGGAAUGGCAUCCAUCUUGUCUGAGGUGAUGAUGUAUGUCUCCAUCAUCGGGCUGCAAUUCUGGCUGGUGGUUGAGAUGAUUUACUGCUACAGGAAGAUCUCAGCAGCUGGAGAAGAAGCUCUGAGAGAGAGCGCGUGA